AUGAUAGUUGGUAAGGAAUCAGCUGGUAAAACAUGCCUCUUGAGAAGAUUAUUGAAGGAAGACAUAUCUGAUGUUACUAGUACAGAUGGUGUUGAUAUUGUUGUUCGUAGAUGUAAAAUCAACAUAGAAGAUGGGAAAUGGACAAUCGGCAAAGGAAUUAAUGAUGAUAAGGUGGGCCGGAUUAAGAGAGCACUUAUUCCAAAUACAGAGGACAGAAACACUCAAAAUAUGCAGGUAGAUGAGACAAAUAAUAUGAAUACACGACAGGGUGAUGAAAAAUCUACUAAUAACAAAGAUAUUACAACAAAUACAAAGGUACGUCUGGAAAACAGUAAUGAUACAAAUGAGUCGUCAUCAUUGUUUAUGUCUGAGGAUUCCACAAACAAGGCAAUAGUUAAUCUGGAUAAUAAAGAAGUUACGAAUGGAUCUUCAUCACUGGUAAUGCCUGAGGACUUCACCAUCGACGACAAGGUUAAUCUGGAUAAUAAAGAAGUUACGAAUGAAUCUUCAUCACUGGUAAUGCCCGAGGACUUCACCACCGACGACAAGGUUAAUCUGGAUAACAAACAGAAUGAGUCUUCAUUAUUAGUAAUGCCUGAAGAUUUGAUGUCUCAUGUGUUUUCUAAGUCAACUGUAAAUGCUCCUUUAAACCUUUAUGCAUUAUGUGAAUUAUGGGACUUUGCAGGACAAAAAGAAUUUUACGCUACACAUCAAGCAUUUUUGACAAGCAGUGCAGUAUACCUUGUAGUUGCAGAUAUGAAGGACGACAUAAGUAAACAAGGCUUAGGGCAGUGUUUUGCUGAUUUUCAGAACAUUGGAGAGUAUGUAGAUUUUUGGUUUGAUUCUAUCCAUUGCCAUCGAACGGCCGACAAACAAGCUAGGAAUGGACACUUCGAUCCUCCGAUUGUAUUAGUUUUUACUGGAAAGGAUAGAUAUGAAUUAGAGGCAGAUUUGAAGAAGAGAAAAAAGGAACUUAACGAUCAACUAGACCAAGUUCUUGGAUUGCAAAGCAAAUAUCAUCACUUGCACAAGAAAUGUUAUUUGUCAAAUUUGACAGAUACUGAUGAAGAAUUUGUAAAGUUGCAACAUGUAAUUUCUGAGACUGCAAGGAAAAUGGAUAAUUGGGGUAAUACAUUUCCAUUAAAAUGGAUUCUUUUAGAACAUUUGAUCGAUAUCAAUAAAAACGAGGGAAAAAAUAUUAUUAAUUUAAAUGACAUGUCCAAACUUGCUGAACAUCACGAUAUUAGUAUACUGGAAAAAGAUGAACUGCUGUUGUUUCUUCGAUUUCAGCAUACUGUAGGGAACAUUAUUUUCUUUGAAAAUAUACCGGAUUUGAUCAUUUUAAAACCUCAGUGGUUAGCAGAUGCUUUCCGAUGUUUAGUCUCAGAUAGAAUUGAUGACAGCGGCUUGCAUCACCUUGAGGACUGGACACUGUUUAGACGACAAGGCAAAUUAAGUGAAUCGUUAAUAACAGAACUUUUCAAAUCAAAAGAUGGAAGUCAGUUUUCAGGACAGAAAAACAAUUUACAUAAAGUUAUGGAAAAACUUGACAUAUUAGUCAAAAUUGAGAACUCAAGUUAUUAUAUAAUGCCAAGCCAAAUGCCUUCUUCCAAGUUUGAAGAUGUAUGUAGAAAUGUUGGGAUUCUAACAAAAAACUGUAAAAGGACUUCCUGGCUUUGUUACAAAUUUGAAUUUCUUCCACCUUCAUUCUUUAACCAUAUCUCUGCCUGGUUUAUCAAACAGUACAUUCCUAGCAAAGUGGAUAGUGAUGCUACAUCAUUCGCUUUAUAUCGUGGAAUCUGUGUGUUUGACAUUGAUAUAUCUGGUUGUGAAAAAAAUACUAGUUACCAUGUCGACUGA